CGCUCUAUCAUUUCCAGCGCGGCUGGAAUCUCGCGAUACUUCAGGACUUCUAAGAUGGCGGCGCCCUGACAGUUGGUACAUGUUGAGAUUGUAAUAAAAUAAACUGCUGUGUUCAUCCAUCGUGACGACUGAAGCGAGGCAGGUACUUUGUUUCCUUACCAUGACUAUCCAUUCAGUCGGAAAUCUGCUUGUCAGGACCUUGAGAUUGUGCAGCUUUCUGUCUCGUAGAUGUGCAUUAACCGGUGUUCGAAGCCAUGCUGUUAUCAUCCAGGCGUACAGAUUUGUGCCACUGAAGAGACAGAUUGGCAUUCCUUACUGUCUCGGAAAUUGUUUGGAUUUAAAAUCAAACCGAUUCCAUUCAUCUGAAAAGACUGAAUAUCAAAAUCCUACAGCAGUAUUAGACACUGAGCCGCAGGAUGGGAAUAUCUACAGCAGAGAGAUUAGUGGUGUAUCUGCUCCUUCCAUUAGUAACUUAUCAAAAAGGAUAAUCUCAGAAAACCUGGAGCCGCUUGAAGAGGAAUUUAUUACUGAGCAGAAAAGCCUGUCAUCAGCUACAAGAAUAAAACCUUUGGAACAAUUCUUUGGCAGGCUUCAGACAUGCACUUCCCCCAGCGAUGUGCUCGACCUAUAUAAAGAAUCCACAAUGACCUGGAAACAGGUUAGCAGUUGCCUGAUGACUAUGUGGAAGACGACCAAAAGAAUGUCAGAGGAUCAAAAGCGAUAUGAGCGGAAGCUGAUGUUUGAGCAUCCCGUCUUUGAGAAGAUCUGCCAGCACACUAUAAGAGAAGCUCAGUUAAUGAGUUGCAUUGACUUGUCAUAUAGUCUCUUUGCUUUGGUAAAGAUUGGAGUGUCCCAGAAUAGCAGGCUCAUUCAUACCCUGCUGAGAUUGACUCAGGAGCGUCUGAACAAAUUUGAUGAGCGAGCUCUGUCAGUGCUUUCCAGUUGUUUGAAGAACAUGGAAGACAGCAGGAAUGUAAAUGCAUUGCGAGUAGGGCUGAGGCUUCUCGUAGAACUACGCAUUCCAGCGAUCAGGAGAGUGAUGGCCCUGCAGACCAUGAUGAGAUGUAUUGGUCAAGGUGCCCCACUGCCUCUAAAGAAAAAGCUGGAGAACAAAGCACUCUCCUUGCUGAAUGAGUUCACCCUUCCCAACUGUCAGUACAUGUUCGUCACUUUGGCAGUUAUGGACUACCGGUCACUCCCACUCCUAGAGGCAUGCAGUAACAGGAUUAUUGAGAAUAUCCACAGCAUCCCGUUUUGGCGCCUCGUACACAUUUUGCAGUCGUGCAAGGAUCUCUGGUACCGCAACCCCGCCCUGCUCAGUGCAAUAGGCAACCACGUGCUGUCCAGCCUGGCGAUCUGGCAGGUUAAACAGCUAAUUCUCUUCCUAGUGCUGUUUUCGGAGCUCAACUUUCGCCAUAUCGAGUUGAUGAAUGCGUUUGCACAUACUAUGCUGGCAAAUUCCGAGUCCUUGACUUUGAAGGAUGUGCUGUCAGUUCUUCGCGUGUAUUCCUUGCUGAACCAUCGACCAGAUGAGGGAUUGAUAGAGCAAUUCCUACAGACUUUGAGUGAUGUGUUUGAAUUGUAUUUGUCGAAGUGCUCUUCGCUGGAGCUUCUCCGUGGUGUUUAUUCUUUGUGUCUGAUGGGCCACUAUCCCCAGGCUGCUCUAAACCAACUGUUCCAGGAUGACAUUCUGCAUGAACUUUGUUCUUCAGGCAAUGCCUACCAUGAGGCGAAUGAGCGGAUGCUUCAGGGUAUUAACCUGUGCCUGGAGUUAGAAAAUCCAUCCUUCCUCAGGCACUCAGAUAAUCGCAAUGCUGCCAGUCCCUCAUUGUCCAGUCAUCCGGUGAAUGCAGAGUUACAGAAAACAGUGGACACCAUCUUGGGCGAUAGCAGCCUGUAUCAGCAGGGCGUGGUGUUGAAAAAUGUACAUUUUAUAGAUUACACAAUUGCUUUUGACCAAAAGAGUAAGAAUGUGGUUCCCAUUCCUCAGGAUGAUGAGAUUGCCAGUGAGAGUAACGUACAGCGAGUGGCUGUGCUUCAUGCUCCAGUAUCUGCCUUUUGCUUUGGCACAGUGCACCCCAAGGACAGGUUGGCAAUGAGGAUUCGCCAUCUCAAGUUGCUGGGGUACCAUGUGGUAUUGGUCUCAGAACAUGAGUUCGGGAAGCUCUCUGAAGAUGAACGAGUUGGCUUCCUGAAGAGUGCCAUCUUCACUGAAUGAUUGGGUUGUGUGAGUCAGUGCCACUUGUGCUGAGGGAACAAAACAAAGGAAUUGAUUGCUCCUGGUGGCUUCAAACUCUUCGACUGGUCUCUGCUGCCAUUGCCCCCUGCGAGAACUGAUAUCCCCAACUUGAACUGAUUCAUCGUUUAUCCUGAAACUGUCGAUUCAAAUUGAUCUCCUGUUCAGACUGAAAUGUAGUGGGAUGCACCCUACUUCCUGUCUUAAUCAUGUGUGGGGCAGGUUUAAUGAAUCAGCCUUCUUUUUGGUGAGAUAGUAAAUUUCAUCUGGAAACAUAGCAUCACCCAGUCUGUGGAGCACUGCAUCUUCAGGGUAAUGAUAAAGUCUAGUCUGAUGCCAGUGUUCAGAUUGUGUGUGCAUUCAAAUGUCCUUGUACUUGGCCUGCUGUAAAGAUGAUGUUAGUGAUUGACAUCUUCAUGUGACUGCAAAUAUCUGGGAGAAGUAUGUUGCGAUGUUGUUUCAUUUCGCUACAUCUCGAAUCCCGAAACACCAUCGCACAUCCAAGAGACAGCUCCUACGUAUGUGUUCAAGUCCCCCAACACAAUGAGCUUGUCCUCCUUUGUAAUGUGUCCAGUUCCUUCAAGAAUUUGUCUCUAAUUCUCUCAGGACUAGUUGCUUUUAGAGCAUAUGCAUUGAUGAUUGUAUUAUGAUCUUGUGGCCCCAGUUAUUGGUAAUACCAUGUUGAUGUUAGCACCGGACCUAUCAGAAUCCCAACAGGAACCUGGUUGGAUAGAUUGUAAUUUGUCUUUACCUUUGUGACCAAACUGAUCUUUUACUAUAACAUAAGCAUGCAAUAUUGCAGUUUUUGUUUUAUCAAUAAAACCAAACAAAAGUUUGUUAACAACA